UUGUGAAAUUGUUCUCUCUCUCUUCCCCUCUCUCUCUCUCUCGUACGCUCUCCCUCUUUCUCAUCAUCCCACAGUUUCAUCUCUCUCACUCCCCAUCUCAUCCUUCACCAUAACAUCCACACCACAACCUCCACCACGAUCUACGAAUCAAUCACUCGUCAUGAGAGUGAGGGAGUGGCCGAGUGAGAGAAGAUUUACCGGCGGGAGAGAAGUUCUGGCGAGGAGGAGGAGUUCCGGCCGGGAGAGUUCUUGUGGCCGUUUGUGGUGACACGGCGGUGCUCGGCAACGGCGGCGACGAAGCUUCUUGCUCCUUCUUUCCUCUGAUUACCUUUAGCAUUCUAUUUGUCCUUGUAAUUGCAUUUGUAUCAGAUGGUUUGAGUACAGUGCCGGACAAAGCAUCUGUCCUUUCUUCAAACACAUCCUUCAGCCAUGAAUUUCACGAACAUGGGGAUCAGAUAAUAAAGAAUUGCUUCAGAGGGAAGUUGGUUUUCGGUGGUUAUUCAGUUUCAAAUCAAAAUCACCGGAAACGCCAGUCGCGCCACCACCACAAAAGCUUUCUCUAUGCGACAGACAGCAUUUCCACUUGCCAUGGGUUGCGGCUCCUCUUUUUCAGUUGGAAGAGAAAUUGUUGAACUAUGCCUCGAUCGUAUCCGAAAAUUAGCAGACAGUUGUACUGGAUUGCAAGGAUUCUUGGUAUUCAAUGCUGUUGGUGGAGGUACUGGUUCUGGUUUGGGAUCAUUACUUUUGGAACGAUUGUCUGUAGAUUAUGGCAAAAAGUCUAAACUCGGCUUUACCAUCUAUCCUUCUCCUCAGGUAUCUACUGCAGUUGUUGAACCUUACAACAGUGUUCUUUCCACGCAUUCACUUCUUGAGCACACUGAUGUGGUUGUACUUUUGGACAAUGAAGCAAUAUAUGAUAUAUGCAAAAAAUCAUUAGAUAUAGAAAGGCCAACUUACACUAACUUCAACCGUUUGAUUUCUCAAAUCAUCUCUUCCCUGACAACUUCCUUGAGAUUUGACGGUGCAAUCAACGUGGAUAUUACCGAGUUCCAGACAAACCUGGUUCCAUAUCCUCGUAUUCAUUUCAUGCUUUCAUCUUAUGCUCCUGUAAUAUCCGCUGCAAAGGCCUACCAUGAGCAGAUAUCAGUUCCGGAGAUCACCAACUCAGUUUUCGAGCCAUCAAGUAUGAUGGCUAAGUGUGAUCCUAGACAUGGAAAGUACAUGGCGUGCUGCCUUAUGUAUCGUGGAGAUGUUGUGCCUAAAGAUGUGAAUGCAGCAGUUUCAAAUAUCAUAACAAAGAGAACAGUUCAGUUUGUUGACUGGUGUCCAACUGGUUUCAAGUGUGGUAUAAAUUACCAGCCACCAACUGUAGUACCGGGAGGUGAUCUUGCCAAGGUGAUGCGCGCGGUUUGUAUGAUAAGUAACAAUACAGCUGUUGCCGAGGUUUUCUCUCACAUUGAUCAUAAAUUUGAUCUCAUGUAUGCUAAGAGGGCAUUUUUAUUGUCAUGCACUCAUGGCUGUUAAGAAUUAUAUUGACAUGCAAAAAAGAGUUAAUAAAUAGUUCACAUAUAUGAUUGAUUUUAA